ACUUAGCAAAAUUUUCAUUUCGGUUUUGACAGCUGAGUAGUGCAAACCUGUACAAACAACAAGGAAGUUCCCGGGGAAGGUCAAAUCGGGAAGAGAACCGUGGAUGUAAGGAAAAGGGUGGUUCGAGUGGACAAUGAACUUAACCUUCUUGUUUUUUUUUUUCAGUGACGGAGUGCAGCUCCCGGUAACGCUGAUCGAACAUCGACCAGCUGGAGGAAUACGGCAUCUGCCGAGCGGUGGCGACGACUUCCAUCGGCGAGUCCACCCGUCUUCUAGGGCCAGCUCAUCCGGCAGCGGGGCGUGGUUUUCUAGGCACUGUUGUUCAUUUGGUGACUGGUCAAAGUACCACAACAAUGUUCCGGUGAAAACGACGGAUCCGGCCGUAUUAAAGGAGAAGGCUGCUGAAGAACUCAAGUCUGCAGCAUCGCUCAAAGGCGGAGGUGGCGAGGAGACCACCAACACUCCGGAAGCUGUCCCAAUUGAGAAGGACGACCUGCUGGAGAAGAUCGCCACCUCGUCACCCUCAAAAACGACAGCCAGCGCCACCACCACCAAGAAAACCGGCGACGGCAGUUUGGCGGCCACAAACGACGUUGACAUGGAAAACGACGAUCUGCUCCAGCGGCUGGAGGCCAUCGAAAAGGGGGAAGCGGAAGAAUCAGCGACAACGACUUCUUCUUCCAAGAAAGAUGAGGACAAGAAGGAGGAUGAUCUUUCUCCGGCGGAGGCAAACCACCAGAACGGGUUGGACAAACCUGACGAGGACGAACUGCUGGAGGAAAAGAUGGAAGUUGACGGUGCAGUAGUAGCGGAGGACAAGAAGGAAAAAUCUCCAGCCAGUCGAAGGCACUACUAUCCAAGGUUAAGCACUCCGUCCGAGGGGCCAAGGCGCUGGCAUCGUUGAUGAUCGAGGAAUUCACCAAGAUCAAGCGGGCGCUCAGCAAGGAUGAUGAGCUAUCGAACACGGAACUGGACCAAAACAGUUCUAACGCGAAGACGCCCAAAACAACCACCAAAAAGAGUGGUCGAGGACAGAAGCGACCUGUAUCUGAAUGAGGAGCAGGCCAAGUACAUCAACUGGGCAUGCAAGGCCGCCGAAGGGGGCGCGGACGAUCCGAUGCAGUCGCCGUCGGCCAACGGCAAGCGAAGCAGCGCGACAAACACGCCGAUCCUGCAGACGCCGGAAGAAGCGUCCGUCGCGGGUGGUGGCGAAAAGAGUUCGCGUUCGACGCGGAGCAAACGCAGCAACAAAAUCCAGGUUCGAGAUAUCCCAUGCUAAGCCAACCGCACGGACCUCCGACCACGUCGAUCUCGACCAGUGCCUCUACAUCGUCCAAUUAAAACCACCGGAGCGCCGACCUACACACCGGCUCCAGGACAAACCUCCAGCAGCGAAUGCUCCGAUCUCCAACGCGGACCACAUUCUUCCGACCACGUCGACCGGAUAUGCCGUAGCUCGUUCUCCCGGCAGUGGUUUGUGUGCUUUCCAGCCAGCCCGUGUUUCGGCAACUCGUCCGCGUUCCGGAAAGUCACCCUCCCGGCACUGGUGUGCGCGUCCCAGUAGUGGCCCGCGUUCCGAAGAGUCGUCCUCCCGGUAGUGGUUUGUGCGCGUCCCAGCAGCAGCCCGCGUUUCCGCAACUCGACCGUGUUCCGGAGGGCCGUCCUCACGGCAGUAGACUUACUUAUUUUUCAAUGUAAAAUGGUAAAAAACGCUUAAAAUAAAGAGUAAACUUUUCAAUCAAAUCAAUUUUCAUUUAUUUUAUUAUAUUCCUUCAAAAAUAGUCCUCCCGGAACCGAUUUCCGCAUUCCCGGCGAUUUUCACCCUACCCAACCCAUCUCAAUUUUGAGAUCGCCUUCUGGAUCUCAAAAUUGAGAUCAAGUUGCUCAUCUCAACGUUGAGUGGUUUCACUUUUAGCCGGUUUGCGACAUCCAUCUCAAAAUUGAGAUCCCCUGGUUAG